AUGCCGAAGUCAAAAGUAAUUGACGUACGUCCCAAGAGGCGGAAGACACAGCACAAGAAUGAACAGCUCAGUACACCUGUUUCGUUGGAGCCUGUGAAGAAAAUUGUGAAUCAUGCCGGAGAUCAUUUGACGGAGAAAUUUCGUUUUAAUAAAGUUAAAGGUCGGGGACAUGGAGAUAAACACUUUUCAAGUGAAUUCCAUUUGGGAAAAGGUCAAAGACUCAUGUAUGCUGGAGCUGUUCUUUGUGUUGUUUUGGCAGUAGGGCUUGUCAGUACAGGCGUUCAUCAGUGGUAUUCGUGGCGCUUGGCACAAUCCGUGAAAACACCUCUAAACGUGCCUCCCGUCAUCACGGAGGAUUCAUCACCCAGUGACCUUUUUUGGGGAACUUACAGACCUGGAUUCUAUUUUGGCUUGAGACAUCGAGGUCCACAGUCGCUCAUUUUUGGUCUCAUUUGGACGGUGCAAGAUGUUUGGAAUCCUCGUUUCCGCCACGUAUGCGACCCAUAUGAUGGAGUUCUCAGUUACAAUUGGCUUGAACAUGAUGGAAGAAACUUUGGUAUUCAACAAAUUGUGGAUUUAAAGCAUAUCAUCACCGUAUCGUUUGCAAAACAAUCACCUGAUAUUGCCAACGGUGAUUGGACCGUGCGGAUCUCUGCUGUCGCCAUCAAUCGAACUGAUCCACCGCAACCGCUCUCGGUGAUUGUCUAUUUCUAUUAUCCAUCUGAUACCAGUGAUCCGACUUUCGCUCCUAUUGUGGAUGGUGACCGAGUUUCCGGUCUAAAGGGUAAGUAUAUAGCUCCACCCGAAAUUUUCUCCAAAAUGCACUAUUCUGCCAUGAUUACACGUUCAGUUGUGUAUUCUAUUCCUGUUCACCCAUUUAAAAUUUCACUAUUCCUCUUUCCAUGA